UGCAGAGCCGAUCGUACGCUCAAAAUCACCUUAUCCUUGCAAAGCAUCCAAGGAGCUGAUGAUGAAAGCUCUUACGCUCACCCACCGGCUACUGUUUUCUCCACUUCGUGAGUUAUUUCCCCUUGAAGGCUGAAAAAAAGGGAGUUAAAAGAAGAAGAUGAAGAUGACAGACUACGGCUUUGUACCUAAGAAGUUGCAGGAUGCUCUCGUUGCAAAUCCUUCGAGGAGAUCACCUCUGGUGUUAAAGAUGGUUGUUUUAGUUGCUGCCAUGACUGGCAGUGUUUGUAUCUGCUCUGUUUUCCUCAAGCAAAUGGAAGAGCCCAGCCAGCCGCGUAUUAAAAGAGCUAAUUUGACAGAAAAAGCUCUGGUCCAUGUUGUCGGAGUUAAUUUGACAAAUAAAAAUUUGCCCAAUUUUUUGAAACUUAACCUGACGGAAAAAAAUCCGCCAGAUUUAUCCGUAGAAGAAAAAAAUCUGCCAGGUUUGACGAGAGUUAAUUUGAAAGAACAAAAUUUGUCCUUUGUUGUGAGUCCCAAUUUGGAAGAAGUAAAUUUUCCGCAUUUAGUGAGAGUAAACACAUCUGUGUUAACUUUGCCUCCUGCCUUGAAAGUAAAUGAAACGCCUUUUCUUGAUCCAAAACAAUCAGAAUCCCUGCUUCAUGAUUUCAACUACAACAAUACUAAAACUUAUACCAGGGUUGAAAGUGGGUGCAUGCAUGCUUCUCUUUAUGCAAUUGUGUCACUACAAAGGUCUGGGAGUAAAUGGUUUGAGGCUUUGCUCAAUAGCCAUGAUAAUAUAUGGUCGCAUGGGGAGAUCUUUUACAAUGUUGACAGGAAAUGCAACAUGACGGUGAUCAAAAAGGUGUUGGAUAAAGUGUGCAGUAGCAACUGGAAUACUACCAGCAGUUUCAGGAGGAAGAAGAAGAGCUGCAUGGCUGCUGUUGGCUUCAAGUGGAUGCUUAAUCAAGUAAUUUUUGUUUUAAUGUAAUUCACAAUGUCAUA